AUGCCUCGAAGACGCGCGCGCGCGCGCUCGAGCGUCGCGCUCGUCGCGCUCGUCGCGAUCGUCGCCUCGCGCGGUGGAAUACGCGGUGCGAACGCGCGCGCGGUCGCGAAUCGUCGAGCGGGAGACGACGGGACGCGCGCGCUGGCGCGCGCGGUUCGCGACGGUGGGAGCGCGCGGGACGCGCUCGCGACGCUGGUGCGGAGCGCGCUCGCGGCGCUCGGCGGCGGUGACGCCGAUGACGCGCGGUCGUGCGUGGACGAGGUCGCGGAGGAGGGAGAGAAGUGCGCGAAGGCGCUGCGGGACGCGGCGGCGGCGUUUUCGCGAGGCGACGCGAGCGCGGAGGACGCGGCGAAGGAAUUCGUGACGGUGGGCGAAGCGUGCGCGACGAAGAUGAUGGAAAUCGGACAAUCGUGCGCGGAAAUGACGAAGGCGUGCGAGCGCGAGCUGACGAGGAUCGAAAAGGAAUGCGAGGAGAAGGCGGCGCGGUUGAAGACGCGUUGCGAAAAGAACGAGCUGGCGCCUUUCGAGUGCGCGGCUUCGUUCGCCGAACUCGGACAGGCGUGCGCGACGGAGACCGCGGCGGAGGUGUCGAAGUGCGUCGGGGAGAUCCAAGUCGUCGGAAGUGGCGAGACUUUCGGCGAUGACCCGGAUGACUGCGACGCCGAGGCGCGAAGGCUCGAACGGCAGUGCCACGACGAUUACGACGCGAUCAAGGCGGCCAUCGCGGACGGUACGCUUUCUUUCUUGGAUGGCAUGCGAAAGUUAGCGGCGCUGGGUCAGCGGUGCGCGAAGGAAGCUAUGGAUCUUCGCAAGAGGUGCCACCCAGACGGCCCGCCGCCUUGA